AUGCGGGCCACGUUUUUCUGCUUGGCCAGAGUUCAUCGGAACGCAAAUUCUGAUAUCCCCCUAAAAGAAGUUCGCGUUGCCAUUAUUGGAUCUCCGAAUGUCGGGAAGUCUUCACUCACAAACAAGCUUAUCCGAAAUGAUGUGUGUGCAGUCAGCAAAGUUAUUGAUACUACUCGCCAGGUACGAUAAGACUGAGGUAGAGCAAGUUUGUUUAGAAUUGGGUGACAAAACUAAAAGAAGACCGAGUUAUGCUCACUGUGGUGGACAGUCCUGGAGUUGUAGGGAUUACGCAUGCCAAGAAUGUGAUCAAUACUCACUCCGAAUCCAAGAUUAUGGUCGAUCCGGAGAAGGCAUUCCGGAGCGCUGCGCAGGUUCUUGUUGUUCAUGUGGGUCUUGAUCUUUCAAUAUAUUGCGCGUUUUAGGAUGUAACAGCACCAGGGAAAUAUAUUCACCACCGAGUUCUUCAUCUUCUUCACCGCAAUUCUCACAUCCCAUCUAGUUUGGUAUUGAAUAAAAUAGAUCUCACACCCCAAAAGUCCAAACUAUUAGAAUUGGCGAACGUAUUGACGUGUGGUUACGUUGGUGGACAGCCGAUUCAACAGAAUAAGGUUAGAAUGGGAGGACUACAGAAGAUCGUGGACAAGCAAAACACUUUCGCCAUCAAUCCACUUGCUAAUUUUAUGGAUGGGAAGAGUGAAGAAUGGGAAGAAGAAUAUAAGUAAGCAUUUCUUCCACGAUUACUCUAUGCUUAUUUAUAGUCGAGUAAUCAACAAAGCUACUCAUAAAUGCUCCUGGAAUGAGACAAAGAAAGUGUUCCAAUCAGAAUAUGGAUGGCCUCAUUUCCAAAAUAUCUUCUUUGUGAGCUGUAAUAAUGGUGAGGGCAUCGAUCAUGUUAGGAAUUUCCUAAAGAACUGUGCUGAGCACUCCGAGAGCAACAUUAUUAAUUCUGAAGUUUCACCAUUUAGACAGGUGGGAAAGUGGCGUUAUAUUUACCCAUUCUUUCUUUCAGCGCCCAAACGUGAUUGUCGGCGAACAUAUACGAGCAGCUUUUUUGAACUCGGUGCCUGCAGAUAUAGCAUAUAAGUUGAAGGUCAUUGUCGUGGACUUUGAAAACCUUGGUGAGGAGAUCAAUGUAACAGCCGAUGUGAUAUGUGAGAAACACAGAUGGGCUAAACUGGUUAAUGUUGUAGUCGACAAACAAAGAAGGUCCCUGGAGGAAAACUUCUCUAGACUUUUUCAAACUCAAGUUCAUCUUCGAAUACACCUCAAAUAUCAAGGAAAACUGGUUGCCCCACAAGAAUAA